AUGACACUUCCAGAAACUCAAUCAGUUGUAUUACAUAAAGAACAUGGAGAUUAUAACGUAAUUUCAUAUGUUGAAGAUUAUCCCACUCCUAAAAUUGAAUCGCCAAAUGAUAUAAUUAUUAAAAAUUUCUAUAGUGGUGUUAAUUUCAUUGAAGCUUAUUUUAGAAAAGGUAUUUAUAAAGCUCCACUUCCUUACAUUUUUGGUAGAGAAGCAAGUGGUGAAAUAGUUGCAAUUGGAUCAAAUGUUAAAAAUUUGAGAGUUGGUGAUAAGGUUGCUUAUUUAUCAAGUUCUACAUUUGCACAAUUUACAAAAGUAAACGUUGAGUCAUUCUAUCAAUAUAUUAAAUUAGAUUCAAGUAUCACUGAUGAAGAAUUGAAAAUUCAAGGUUCUAUUUAUUUACAAGGUCUUACUGCUCUCACGUUCAUUAAUGAAGCUUACAAAGUUCAAAAAGGUGAUUAUAAUUUAGUUUGGGCUGCUGCUGGUGGUGUUGGAAAGACAUUAGUUCAAUUAAUUUCUCAAAUUGGUGCUCAUGUAAUUGCAAUAGCUUCAACUGAUGAAAAAUUACAACAAGUGAAAGAAUUGGGUGCUGAAUAUUUGAUUAAUUCAACAAAUGAAGAUGUUUUACAAAGGGUUUUGGAUAUUACAAAUGGUAAGGGAGUUGAAGCUGUUUUUGAUUCAGUUGGAAAAGACACAUUUAAAACUUCCUUCGAUAGUUUGGCUAGAAAAGGGACAUUUAUAUCUUAUGGUAAUUCUCUGGGUCAAGUACCACCACUCACUAUUAAUAUCUUAAGUGCUAAGAAUAUUAGAUUGUUGAGACCUCAAUUAAAUGCAUAUAUUGCAACAAAAGAAGAAUGGAAACAUUAUUCAGAAGAGUUAUUAGAUUUAAUUAAUCAAGGUAAUUUGAAAUUUGAAAUCUCAAAAACUUAUGAUUUGAAAGAUUAUGCUCAAGCUGCAAAAGAUUUAGAAAGUAGAAAAACAACAGGUAAAUUAACCUUGAAAAUUCCUCAAUAG